AUGUUUCAUGGAAAAUUGACAAUGAAGAAGACAAUAGAAGCGAGCACUAUCAAUCAGAGAGAAAGCGAUGACAACCAAAGUGAUGAGGAAGAAGACAGUGAAAGUCUGCAUUAUCAAUCAGGCACCGAGCAAACCUUAGUGAGCAACGGAGAAAGCGAUGAGGAAAGUGAAACGGGAGAUGAUAACCAAAUCGGCAAGAAUGUUGACAGGAGAAGCGAAUACUACCAAGCUGAGAGCGAAAAAGCUUUUGUUAACAAGGAAUACGAUAGUAGAAACCGGAGUUACCAACCGGGCACGAGGGCUGCCAUAGUAAGCGACGAAAGCGAGGAGGGCAGUGAAGAUGGAAGUGAGGAUGGAGGCGAAGAUGGAAGUGAGGAUGGAAGCGAGUAUGGAAGCGAGUAUGGAAGCGAGUAUGGAAGCGAAGAUGGAAGCGAAGAUGGAAGUGAGGAUGGAAGUGAGUAUGGAGCCGAAGAUGGAAGUGAGGAUGGAAGUGAGGAUGGAUAA